UGGUUGAAUAUGAGGUCUCUGAUUUUAAAUCUUCUUCAUUCCUGUAUUACUUCACAUAUUGUAACCCCAAAUAUCAUACCAUUUUAAAGUACUUGGGUUUAAAACGUGAUAUAAUACCUUGUAAAUUGGAACAUGUAUUUUUGUAAAAAUUAGAGUACAUUUGAAAUAGGUCACUUGUUAAAAUGAAGCAGUUUUACUUAUGUGGAGACUUAUCCAAUUACUUGAGUUGACUACAUACAGCAAAUACAAAGAUGCACCUCUAAGACUUUACUCAUGUAACUGACCUGCUCAACAUUCAUUCCUUUUAUUAACUUAUACCUGUGUUGACAUCAUGAAGGCAACUGGGUAGGAGGGAGUUUUGUUGUGAUCAGGGGAGGAGCUAAGUCUUAUAUAAGCAGUGGGUUUCUACCAUAAAUAUUUUGAGCCACACUCAACAGGCAGUAACAUAGCUUGUUGUGGAAUUUUCUUGAGUAUAUCUUACAUAACAGUCAAGCCAGUUCCAUGUCCCUGAUUUCUGAACCGAGCUACAAUGCCUAUUCAUUGGGUCGCCAAAGUGGUUUUAACAACCUAACAGUGGUGGACAGUGUACGACCAGAAAUGCUGCACCUUGUUGAUGCUUACUGGUAUCAAUUUCCACCCAUGAACCCACUGUGGCAUGGAUUACUUGGCUUUGUGAUUGGUGUGCUGGGUUUCAUCUCGGUUACUGGCAAUGGAAUGGUCUUAUACAUUUUCUGCUCCACAAAGUCUCUUAGAACACCAUCCAACCUUCUUGUGGUGAAUCUUGCAUUCUCUGACUUCCUUAUGAUGACCUGCAUGUCACCUAUUAUGGUCAUCAAUUGCUACAAUGAGACCUGGGUACUGGGCCCCUUUAUGUGCGAGAUUUAUGGAAUGUGCGGAUCUCUUUUUGGAUGUGCUUCAAUCUGGACGAUGACCAUGAUUGCUCUGGACAGGUACAACGUCAUUGUCAAGGGGUUAUCAGCAAAACCCAUGACAAACAAAGGAGCCAUACUCAAAAUCCUUGGAGUUUGGGUCUUCUCCAUCAUGUGGACUAUAUUCCCAAUGUUUGGCUGGAACAGGUAUGUACCUGAAGGCAACAUGACUGCAUGUGGCACUGACUACUUAACCAAGGACUGGGUAAGCCGAAGCUACAUCCUUGUUUAUUCUGUAUGGGUGUACUUCGCUCCUCUGCUGACCAUAAUUUACUCCUACUGGUUCAUUGUGAAGGCGGUGGCAGCCCAUGAGAAACAAAUGAGGGAGCAGGCAAAGAAGAUGAAUGUGGCUUCCCUGAGAUCGGCUGACCAGGCAAACACAAGUGCCGAGUGCAAGCUGGCCAAGGUUGCUCUGAUGACUAUCUCACUGUGGUUCUUUGCUUGGACACCAUACCUUGUCACAAACUACACUGGUAUUUUUGAAGGUGCUAAGAUCAGCCCCUUGGCCACCAUCUGGUGCUCUCUUUUUGCCAAGGCUAAUGCAGUCUACAAUCCCAUUGUCUAUGGAAUCAGCCACCCAAAAUACCAGGCAGCCCUAUUCAAAAAGUUCCCCAGUUUGGCCUGUGCAAGAACUGAUGAUGAUUCCAGCUCUGUGGCUUCCGGAACCACAACUACCAGUGAGGAGAAGACCACUGCUGCAUAACCUAUGUACUGCAAUCAGAUCCAUUGGCAGAGACAUUUUCAGCUACCUAGGAGACAGUUUUCAGCAUCACACUGCCUGCCAGCUCUUAUGACAGAUCAAUGUCCAUUCUCAACAUCAUUAUAUUCUUCCAGUUCUGGGAGAAAAAGGCAGUUUUCAAUUGUGAUAUCAUAUGAGAUGAAUUCCAUCAUAACAGUGUGUGCUAAGAUGUGAGCAUAAAAUCAAAGUCAGGCUUCCAUGGAUGCUAGCUGACUCACAUUUCCACCAUAUUGUAAUGGAAGGCUGGUAUACGAACAUUUUGGAGAAAUGAAGUCUCCAUCUUUAGUGUGAAUGGGGUAACAAAGGAAGCAGGAAAUAUAUAUAACAGAAUACAGACUAUGCCCAUAAGAUGAAGACUGCUAAUUUUUUGUAAAUAGUUGGCAAACAAGCUCACCACAGCAAUGAUGUAAUAAUUUUAACAAAAAACCACAAGCUUAAAAUCAAGUUACAACAUUUCCAUGUGUUGGGAAUUUUAGCUUACAGUGCACAGUCUGCUGGGACAAAUGAGAGAACUAAGGUAAUGUGUUUGUGAUGAUUCAUAAGGCUCCUACCUACACACAUUGAAUGAAAUGAAAGUGAUUCACUUCACUAAACAAAAGUAACUGGAUGACAUUGUGUAUAGAAUCUUCAUAACAGCAAAUGGUAUGAUUUAGUAAACCCUAGCCUGUGAUGGCAACUCUAAUUCAUUAAAGCUAUUCAGCUGUACAGAAAUAAACCAUAAUUCUGCUAUUCUUC